AUGACUUCCUUCACAGCUGUGCCACCAGUCUCUGAACUGACUAAGCUCUACAUUAAUGGAGAAUAUGUCGAGGCCAAGUCUGAUAAAAAGCUCACUGUUUAUAACCCCAAGGAUGACUCGAUAGUGUCCGAUCAGGUUCCUAUUGCCGGCGUUGAGGAUAUCGAUGCCGCCGUGGAUGCCGCCGAGAAGGCAUUUCACGGGCCUUGGAGCCAGUUCAGCGCUGCUCAGCGAUCCGCCUGUCUUCGGAAGCUGGCCGAUUUGCUUAAUGAGCAUUUGAUCGAAAUUCUGACGCUCGAUACCCAUACGACCGGCAAUCCGGUCUCACUCAUGCCAACUAGAGAGAAGACGUACAUCAUGAGCCACCUCUUAUACUAUGCUGGGUGGACCGAUAAACUACGAGGCGAUUACUUCCCCGCGGAUGACGGGUUUGUAAAACUGGUUCGCCAUGAACCUCUUGGAGUUUGUGCAGGCAUCAACCCCUUCAACGCUCCCGUUGCGACCUUGAUCAUGAAAGCCGCCCCCUGUUUAGCCACCGGAAACGUGCUGAUUAUCAAACCGUCCGAGAAGAGCCCUCUGGGUUCCCUUGCCGUGGCACCUCUUUUUGAGGCUGCGGGAUUCCCGAAAGGUGUUUUCCAAGUAGUCACCGGCGCAGGGGAGACGGGCGCAUUACUUGCCAGUCAUAUGCGUAUUCGAAAGAUCAGCUUCACUGGGAGUGUGCCGACCGGGAAGAAGAUCCAGAUUGCAGCAGCACAGAGCAAUCUGAAGCGUGUCACUCUGGAGCUGGGCGGCAAGAGUCCUGCUCUGGUCUUCGAAGAUGCAAAUCUGGAUAAUGCGUUGACAUGGACGGUGAAUGCCAUCCUCAACCGCUCCGGACAAGUCUGCGUCGCCGCCUCGCGCGUGUACGUGCAAAAAUCUAUCGCCGACAAGUUCAUCGCCGAGUAUAAGGCCCGGAUGAAGGCUGCUGUUGAUGGGAUCGGAGAUCCUCUUGAAAAGGCGACUCUGAUGGGGCCUUUAGUUGACAAGGGAGCUUUGGAGCGAGUCACCGCGAUGAUCGAGCGCGGCAAGACAGAGGCCGAGCUGGUGAUCGGUGGCGUGCGUCACGGCGAGCAAGGAUGUUUCGUUGAGCCAACUGUCUUUCUCAACCCGAAGCAAGACGCGCAGAUCUAUACGGAUGAGAUCUUUGGACCUGUUGCCAUCGUCAAGACCUUUGAAACCGAAGAAGAGGCGCUCCAAAUGGCAAAUAACACCGAGUUCGGCCUCAUGUCCGGUGUCUUCACUCGAGACAUCAACCGGGCGAUGAGACUGUCGGCUAAGCUGGACUCGGGUGUCGUGGGUGUCAACUGCGUCAGCUACAUGAAUGUUCAAGCCCCAUUUGGCGGAAGAAAGCAGUCUGGCAUCGGUCGUGAGUUUGGAGAAUACGCUCUGCGAGGGUUUACCGAACCGAAGACUAUCCUAAUCAAGUGA